UUACCAGCAUAUCAAUACCAACAACCUUGUAGAAAGCUGGCACAAGACGUUGAAGAGGCACCAUCUAGGAAGUCAGCGAGGAAAAAAGAGGCAAUGAGACUGGAUCUUAAUGUUGCCCUGCUUAUGGUUGAGGCACUGAUCCAGCACAAAUUUGUCGUCAAAUCCUUUGUUAGAGCUGACGUUUCAUACAUUGUCCGCCACAACAACGAUGUUACCAGCAUUGUGUCAUGCAGUUGUGCCGAUUAUUGUCUUCACCUGAUCCCUUGCAAGCACAUGUACCUGGUUCAGAGGCUCUAUAAAAGUGUGAGGGUAUCCUAUUCCGGUGAGCCUGCGAUUGAAUCUGCCAUUGAACCUGCCGUCGCUCAGGAGCAACAUGUCCAGAAUAUGGAUUUUUUCGGACCAGAUUUGGAGGCAGGAUUAGCGCCAUUACUCCGUUUGCAACUCGACCGGAAAAGGGCAGCAGAGCAGGAAUUCGAAAGAGUUGCCAGAGAAGUGGCGACCAGACAAGAGUUUGAGGAUAAUGAGGGUUUAUUAAUGGGGUUGAUGAAGCAAAUGGGCGCCGCAGUGGAGGCAAGAAAGAAAAGGAAAUGUACACUCGAGUACCUCAAAUCUGUUGUGGCGACCACAAAAAACACUUUACUCGAGAUUCAAGGCCUGAAUGCCUCACAAGCAGGACAGCGGUAUCAAAAAUAGUCCUCUGGUACGAGUCAAAUACAGAAGGCUCAACCGUGAUGUUAUUUCCAACGUUAUUUUCCACCCCACAAGUGACGUGGAAGUUGCCAUGGGCAUUAGGUUGAUUUGAGUAACGUGCAUACUUAACCCCGAGCGCGGCCCUCAAGGAACAAGCACUUGAGAAAGAAACGCUUGUCGAUGUAUGGAUGUCCAUUAGAUUUAAUCAUAAGCAUGUAAAUGCAACGCCUGCUCGUGUCCUGAGCCGACAACCGCCAGGCAUAUCGCAUACAAAUACGUCUAGGUGGAUAGGAGCUUGGAAGU